AUGCCCAAAGUCUUUCUGGUGAAGAGGAGGAGCCCGGGAGUCUCGGUCCGCAGCUGGGAUGAGCUCCCGGAUGACAAAAGGGCAGACACCUACAUCCCAGUGAGCCUGGGCUGUCUGCUCCCCGACCCCCCCGAGGACUGCCGCAGCGACGGCGGCAGUAGCAGCGGUUGCAGCAGCAGCAGCAGUAGCAGCGCCGGGGAGCCCGGAGGCACGGAGAGCAGCUCGUCCCCGCGCGCGCCGGAGCCUGAAACUCCAGAGCUCCACGACGCCGAAGGCCCCGAUGGACACCUGGCAGCAAUGCAGCGCCCGGUUGCCAGGUCAAAAAUCAAGUUUACCACAGGCCUGUGCAAUGACUCCGUGAUUCACAACUGUGACCUGUGUGGCAAGAGCUUCCGCCUGCAGCGCAUGCUCAACCGUCACCUCAAGUGCCACAACCAGGUAAAGAGGCACCUGUGCACCUUCUGUGGCAAGGGCUUCAACGAUACCUUCGACCUAAAGAGGCACGUUCGCACACAUACAGGCAUCCGCCCCUACAAAUGUGAUGUGUGUUACAAGGCCUUCACCCAGCGGUGCUCUUUGGAGUCCCACCUGAAGAAGAUCCACGGCGUGCAGCAGCAGUAUGCCUACAAGCAGCGUCGGGACAAACUCUAUGUGUGUGAGGAUUGCGGCUAUACGGGCCCCACCCAGGAGGACCUGUAUCUGCACGUGAACAGUGCCCAUCCAGGUAGCACGUUUCUCAAAAAGACUUCCAAAAAGUUGGCAGCCCUUCUGCAGAACAAGAUGACGUCCCCGCUACAGGAGAAUUCUGCCCUCAGUGAGGAGGAGGAGAAAAAGUGAAGAGCAAGAGAAAGUGGAGGAGAGAUGCCCGGUGCCACGUUUACUCGGACUUUCGGUUCUGAGGUGUACCUCUCCUCUGCCCCGCCAGUUCUUUUUAGUGACAAAUACCCAGUCCACUUCUCUUUUCUUUUGGGACAUCAAUGGUAAGAUGCAUCCCAAAGUUGUCAAUCAUUCUGCCACAACAGGCCCUGUACCGUGUGUCUGUUUUCUUGGUGGCUGAGAUCACGUACGGGUUCUUGUGUGUGUGUGUGUGUGUGUGUGUGUGUGUGUGUCUAUGUUAUGUGUAU